AUGGUAAUUAACAAAGAUAUGUUUGAGGCUACACAAUGCUCUACUGACAACACGUGCUGUUUAACAUCACUAUCCAAAAGCAGUUUUCGAAGUCGUAAAGGUUAUCUGUCAAAUAUUGUUGUGAUUGAAGUUAACAAGGAGAAUUUGAGCAUUACAUGGCCUUAUCUUUUGCUUUCAAUUCGGAAUGCAUCAUUUAUAUCGCUUGAUUUGGAACUUAGUGGUUUGGGAAUACAAAAAGGUUGGUUAGCGAAAUCAUUCGAAGAGCGGUACAAUGUUAUUCGACAAAGCGCACAGAGCCGUUCGGUGCUUUCUGUUGGUAUUGCAACUUUUCAGUUAGUAAGUAGAAAAGAAACAGAUGCAAAGAAGAAACUAAAAUACAAAUGUCAGGUUUUCAAUAUACUUACAUUAUGUACCGUACCGUUUAUUGUUGAAGCAGAUGGAUUGCAGUUUUUAUCGAAGCACAAAUUCGAUUUUAAUCGAUGGAUCAAUUUAGGCAUUCCGUAUGGCAAUGAUACUGAAAAGGGAAAUACAGUGAAGACAUUAUGGCAUGAAGUAUUAUGCGCUGCUGUUCCGAUCACACUGCAUAAUGGGCUUAUCGAUUUAGCAUUUAUUUAUCAACACUUCUAUAGUGCUUUACCGGAAACAUUCAGUGAAUUCGUCGUCAGUGUUUCCGAUUGGUUUCUUUUAUCGGAAGGCAUUCCUGGUCUGUAUGAUUCGAAAUACAUCGCGGAAUAUAUCACUCGAUUUAAAGCAUCUUUUUUAGAAUAUGUUUUCAGAAAAUGUCAACGUGAAAAUGCAAUUGAACAAGCACGUAAUCGGUUGUAUGUAAGUAUUGAAUUCGAUUUCGAAUCUACAGAAACGCAUUUGAAAAAUACUGUUGAUAUAGUCGACUGUAAAUUGCCCGAUAAUUUCGAUGCGAGUGCUUCGACGGAAUCCUACUUCAUUACUGACGAACAAAAGAAUUCACUUUGUAAGCGAUAUUCGAAUUAUGGGUUCUGUCGCGCCAAAGAUUGUUCAUUUAUACAUGACGUUGACAUCUUAUUGAGCUUAGAAGAGCAAAAGCAAUCAAGGGUUCGUGAAAGGCGGAAAAGGAGAUACGAUUAUGAGUCGAAACUUUCUGAGCCGGGUUAUACUGAUGGUCAGAAAGAUAAGAUCUUAGUUUCAACAGUUAUUAACGAAAAAACUGUUGUGAAGCAUGGCGAAACAAAGACAUCAGCUAAUCUAACUCAGACAACUAAUUUACUGCAGUCAGUUACAGGUUGCCAUCGUGCUGGUGUGGACUCGUUUAUGACUGGUUUUGCAGUAGUAUUUAUGCAGCGUAUGAAUCUUUUGCGAACAGGGAACUUCGAUCCGAAAUGUGGCAAUAAAAUGGCUUUACCAGGUACAAUGACACCAUUGGUACUUCAAAAAAGUGAUUAUGUCAAAGCAGUAAAUGAUCAUGUAGCAAAAUGGACUGAAAUUGAACGUGAACGAAACCGCAGAAUAGAACUGCGAAUUUAG